UGCCGCCGGGGCCGGACUCAUGGGUCGGCGGGUCUCCCGCGCAGCGCCGGGUCUGAGCCGUGGUCGCCCUGGAGGACAGGGAUGUGGAGGCGACUUGGCCGCGGCUACCAAGUCGACUCAGGCCCUUUCUCUUUCCUGUCUCAGGAACUCGAACAUGACCAGGAAGAUCUUCACAAAUAGCAGGGAGCGGUGGAGACAGCAGAAUGUCAACAGCGCCUUUGCCAAGCUGAGGAAGCUCAUUCCCACUCACCCUCCGGACAAAAAGCUGAGCAAAAAUGAAACCCUUCGCCUGGCAAUGAGGAUCUGCAUAAUGUUUGGAAAAGAAAAGCAUCGGUUAAAAACAGGUUGGAAAAUCACUGUUUUACUCAAUAUGUUUUCAAUUACAAGGAAGAAGUUUUUCCAUAACAGAUCUCAGGCCGAUGAAUAAAAAAUGCUUCCCUCAGAACAUAUUUUAAAGUUAGUUUUGAGAAAUGAAGUCUGUUUGAUGGAGGGUGAACAAAAUAAGGUUGAUGAAUGUGAAGACCGCCCUCACAGAAACGAACUUGGAGACUUGUGGGAAACUCUGGAGAAGAGAUCCUCCUGACAUGCGAGGCUUACAGGAACACAGCAGAUACAUGUGGAAGAGCUCUGCAUCCUUUAUCUCCAUGGAAAUGUGAGGUGUUGCUCGCAUUGAGCCAUUUAUAUAUGUGUUAUCUCUAAAGCCAAAUGGUGGAUUAUAUCUGUGAGUGGAAAGGACUGGAUAAUUUGUGAUUUAGAGUUCAUAGUUUUCUUAUGAAAAAUAGUUAGCUAAAAUAGGUUACCUGCCCCCUUAGUUUCGCAUGUCAGGCAUUAAAACUUUUGAUGUAGCCUGAGUUCCUGCUGAUUUAAGACCUGUGAAAUUCAAACAUAAUUAUGAAAAUCCAAACAUUGCCAUUUAACAACUCAUUUAACAGAGAGCUUAGUUUAAACAAAAGAUCUAGGGUAGACAAUAGGAAUGUAAUACCAGAUUUUAGUGAAUUAAUGAAUUUGUAAUUUGUCUUCCUUGCUGUGGAGCGUUAGCUCAAUCUUAUGCUGGGAGGGGUGGGACCCCCUAGUCAAUGAAACGGCAUGGAUCUGACAGAACUACUCAUAAGCAUGUGCCACCCUGAUGAUUGGAUUCAAAGAUGGACUCAAAAAUGAAUCCCAUAGCUGAGCCCAGAAUACAAAUAAUGUCAUUUGAUUGUCUCUGGGACAUUUUAUUUCCCUAAAGUUCUUGACGGUACGUUGGUUUUAAAACAUUCUGAACCACAGGUAGGAAGUUGCUGGAUUUGCGAUUACAGAUUUCCAGUGUACACACAAUAGGGGGAUUUAAAUUUCCUCUUACUCUAGAAAGAAGAUAUUUGAUUUAUGGAAGGUUGAAAAGGUUUAGUUUGGUGAUCAGAAGAAAGCUAGAUGAGGCUCCCCCCAAAUCUCAUUCCCCACAAAUAGCAAGGUCAUAAUAUCAUUAACCUCUACCCAGCACUCACGCUCAUAGUCCAGUGCAUUUAUCAGAAGCAAUAUGUUUUCCUUCUAGGUUCUUUCUUUCAACUGCAUUCCAUAAACUUCCCUAUGGAUCCAGAAUAGUACAGGGAAACACAGAUGCACAGAGACUAGGCUAUUUCCCCUGAAUGUGCAUUUCUCUCUCAUGAGGUUAUGUGGGCUUAAAUGUGUCAAACUACCAACUGAUAGUAUAUCUCAAAGCUGCGAUGACAGUUGUCAACUGAACAACAUUACAUAUUCUCUCAUCUGGCAUUAAAUCAAAAUAACAAUUUUGACAAUAUUUUUUUAUUAGCUUCAUUGUGACAUGUUGCCGAGGAAAGUACAGAAGACUUCUUUGCGUGAAUGCAGGAUUUUAUUGCUCUUCUCAGAAUGAGUGCACUUUUCUGCUGUUGGGGCCAUGUCUCUGUGUACAGAAGGCCUUCUCACUGAAAUGUAAGAGAGUGCUCCUGAAAAGUCAUGAGGAGAUUGAGUUAUCAUUAAACUAUAUGGGGGGGGGGGGUAAUGAUUUAAAGAAACUCUGCAGGAAAUUCCAUUGAAAAAUGAAUAAACACUUAAAAUAUUA